AUGUUUGUUUGGAUGUCCAGGUUGCUAUUGGCUCUGAAUGUAUUAUCAUUCAUUCCCCAGUUUUAUCGACUUUAUAAGGCGAAAGCAAUGGCAAAUACCCCGUUGCGCAACCGAGCAAUGCGCUUUGUGCAACUUUUUCUUCCUCGUACUUCAGCGGGAAUCUUCAUCGCCUUUAUCUCUCCAGAUGUCUCAAGAAUGGAGUCACCUUCAUCGAGUGGCGAUGACUUGGAGAUUGCUAUCAGUUGCUCUAUUCAUGAUGAGCGUGUACUACGCCUCUGGAACACGUUGGCGAAAAUCGAUCGCUGUAUUUAUCUAUCGCCUGAAUCAUCCUCGACCCGGCCGCCAAAUGAGUAA